CCUUCCUCUCCGUUCACCUCUGCCAUCAUGGCCAGGCCUGACGGCGCCGACCUCCGCUCAGGCGGUGGUGCUGGCGGCAGCGGCAAGAAGCAGGAUGCCGGCGGCAAUCGGAAGAAGCCUCGCGCCGGGACGCCCACCCCCGACACGGGUGCCUCCGCGGGCGAGUCGUCGGUGACCCUGCUGAAGCCCCGCUCCCGCAGUGCCAUGGCCUCCUCCACCUUGGAGACAUCAUCCCCUUCAGCCACGGACCCGGCCGGUGCGGCCCCCCCGAAGGGUCCCACUUCGAUCGGACCCACCCCGACCCCGAAGCAGCAGCCGCUCCGGCAGCAGCGUCUGCAGCAGGCCGCCGCGGCCGCCGCGGCCACCACGGCCGACAAGAAGGCCAAGCCCCUCUCACCGGCGAAGGCGGGGACCCCCCCGGCCGGUGUUCCAGACUCCUCUGCCGCACCGACCCGCAAGUUCACCGUUACUCCCCGGAGUCGCGCUGCCAAGGAGGACCCCCCAUCGGGUGUCCCCACCGGCGCUCCGGCUGCUGGAGCCACCGCUGCGGCCUCCCCCGCUGCUGCUUCGCCGGCCCCUCGCCCUGGCUCGGCCACCCAGCCCGGGGCCCCCCCUCCCUCGGCUCCGGCUGUGGUUGCCUCGGCCCCGGCCCCGGCCCCGACGGCUCCCGAAACUGGCGCGCCUACCGCUGCCUCCACGGCCGCCAGCGUGACUCCCGCGGCCCCUGUUGUGGCCCCUGCGGCCGGACCUGUGCCCAAGUUUCUCCUGCGACUCGCUCCCCGGAAGGCUGAGCAGCCUUCCUCUUCCGGUAACACGCCGAGUGAUCCCUCCAAUGCCGCCCCGGCUGCCACUGUUGCUGCCACUGUUGCUGCCCCGGCUGCCACUGUUGCUGCCCCGGCUGCCACUGUUGCUGCUCCGGCUGCCACUGUUGCUGCCCCGGACACCGCUACCACCGCUCCGGCUGCUCCAGCUACCCUGGUGACCUUGACCACGCCUAUCACCCCCGUUGUGCCUGGCGCUCCGGUCCCUUCGGAGAGUGCGAAGCCCCCGGCCGAGGCGCCCUCAUCCGUGAUCGAGGCCGUCGCUUCGGUCCCUGGCGCAGUGGAGCCGACUCUCGAGUCCGCGCCUGCAACGGCGCCGAUGCCCGCCGCUGGGCCCUCCAUCUCGGCAUGCGACCCGGAGCCCGCGAUCAGCGGCAGCGACCCAGGCCCCGCCACAUCUGACGUGGAUCCCCUUGGCACCGAUGCCAGCACCGCCGACACCAGCAUGUCCGAGGGGGACACCGCGAGCUCGGAGCCUCUGGCUCCGGCCGAGCCGGCCAUUGCUUCCCCCUUUUCCAGUGUCCUGAGGCCGACGGGCAGCCCAUUUAAUCUGUUUGGCGGGGCUGCUCCCGCUCGGAGUUCCCCCUUCGGUGGGCUGGUGAGCAAGGUGGGCGCUCUGCCUGCCGGGGCCCCGGCCCUUCCGCUGGAUGGACCUUCUCCCUCUCCUGCCCUUCCACUCUCGGCCCCCGCCAGCACCGCAGCUGCUGCUGCUGUGUCCCCUUUUGGCGAGAAGCCCCCGGCUGCUGCCCCGCCCUCCUCCGCCCAGGCCCAGGCUGCCCAGCCGGCUGGCGAUCGUCCCCAGCCUGCCCCCGUGGCUGCUACUCAGCCUGCGGAAGCCCAGCCAACCGCCACUCGGCCGGAGGUCGCCCGCCCACCUGUCGGCCAGUCAGCGGGCACUUCGAUCGAGGCCGGGCCGGCGGCCGCUGCCCUCCCGGGCCCGACCGCCGAUGGCACGACGCCCGCCCCGCCGCGCCUCCCCUCGCUCCCGAAUGCCGGUCUCAAGCGCGGCCCUUCAUCCGAGGCUCUCGCGGCCACCAGUGGGCACAAGCGCUCGCGCGCCCUUACCACCAGCCCCGACGGCCAGCUGCCGAAGGCCGAAACCCCGGCCACCACGGCUGGCAGCCAUCCCCAGGCUCCGGGCCAGCCGCUGCCCCUGCAAUCGCCCAGCCCCGGUGUCGAUCCCUCGCCGAAGUCCCAGCCCCUUGCUGCCGGUGGCCCUGAGCCGACCCCCGACGCCGCGGCUACUGAGCCCUCCUCCUCUGCCAACCCGGCGCAUGCUGUCCCUGGUGCCGGGGCGCCCUCGGCCCCGGGCUCGGGUCGGCCUGUUGCCCCCGGCCCGGCCGCCGCCACGGCCGCCGCCGCUGCGCCCGCGGAAUCCUCGACCCCCGCCUCGUCGGCACCCCCACAGUCCCCUCUGUCGCGGAAUAUCAUGGAGCGCUUCCGUCAGACGCCCACCGCUCCGACACUGACGCCUCUUGAUCGUGCGACCCGGGCCAAGCGCAUUGGCGGCUCGCUGGCCACGCCGCCGGCCAAGCGCGCCUCACCGCCGCCCGGCCCAGCCACAGAUGCUGGCCCCGCUGUGGCCCCUGCCGCCGCCGCCGCCGCCACCACCACCACCACCACCAGCAGCAGCAGCAGCAGCAGCAGCAGCAGCAGCACUGCCGGCUCGAAGGACAUCACCCCAAGCCCAUCGGCCGGCUCGGGGCCUGUCGCCGCUCUGCCUCCUGCUUUGGCCAAGGCCGCCAAGCCAACGGCCCCGGUCUUCGGCCUGAGCCCGCGCGUGCCGGCCAGAGAUCCCGCUCUUGCGACCGCCGCCGCCGCCGCCACCACUCCUGCCCCGGUGGCCGCUCUGGCCGCCGGUGCCACUGCCACCGCCCCUGCCUCCGUCCCCACGACCGAUGCGACUGCCGUGGCGCCGGUGCGCCUGCCGGCCGGUGGUGCUCCCCCGGCAGCGACUGCCCCCCCAGCCCCUCCCCGGUCGAUUCGCUUUACCCCGCAGCUGGCAGCCUCCACCGGGGCUGGCAAGCCGGCUGAUCAGCCCGCCAGCAAGGGCGCCACCGUGCCGGCAGGCAAACCCGUCGACGGGCUGCCGGGCAAGCCGGCCGAAAGCCCAGCCGACAAGCCAACCCAUGCCACCCCAACUGGGCCAUCCAUCUCGACCCCCUGGAGCACUGGCCCAACAAAGCUGACCUUCCGCCCGGGUGCCUCCCGCUCUGCGGUCGCCUCGGCCGCGAGCCCGCCGGCCCCGGUCCCCGAGCCGACCCUCGUUCCAAGUGCCACCCCCAAGGUUGCUCCGCCGCAGCCUGCACCCAAGUCUGGCCCGGGCCCAGGCGCAGCUGGCAGCCGGAUCAUUCCCCCGCCGACGAACCAGCAAACCCCGCAAGUGGCGCAGCCCCAGCAGCCGGGCCACCGCCAGCCACCGGCCCCGGCGGCUGGAACCCCCCCGACAACGGGGCCCGCCAUUCCCCCAAACCGUUCCCCCUUCGAAUCGGGCCCCGGGAUGGCGACUCGCCCUGCCGCCGUUGGUGGUGCCUCCUCGGCCAGUGUGGCGCCCUCGACUGCUGGUCCCCGCGCGGGCCCUCCCCCCGCUGUGCCUGCUACGCCGGGGCCCACGGUGCAACAGGCAUUGCCUGCCGUUCGGCCGCCGCCCACCUGGGCAGCCAUUCGCCGGCAGACGGCCGCGGUGCGCCUGGCCCCGGCCCUAGCCGGCGCGCUGGAGCCCCUCCCGACUCCCCUCUGUCCGUCGGAUCUCCCGGCAGCUGGCCGGGCACAGGCGCCGGUCGACGCCGUUCUCAGCCGUCUGGGCCUGGACGAGCUGAGUCUUCUCACCGACGACCUGACGAUGCUACUGGAGUCGGCGGACCCGAGCGGACCGGGGGUGGUCCUCCCGGCGCCGGGGACGGUGGAUUCAUCCUCGUCCGCUGCUGCCGCCGCCGCCGCCGCCGAGGCCGAGGCUCUGGACGCCUUCUUCGCGUCCGGCGGUCCCGGGCUCAACCCUGGCCUCGUUGCCCGCCUGGAGGCCGACGUCCAAACCAUUCUUUCGUCCUUGUGA